AAGGCAGAUCCAGAAGAACUGUUUACAAAACUGGAGAAGAUUGGUAAGGGCUCUUUUGGUGAAGUUUUUAAAGGAAUUGACAAUCGGACUCAGAAGGUGGUUGCUAUAAAAAUUAUUGACCUAGAAGAAGCAGAAGAUGAAAUAGAAGACAUCCAACAAGAAAUCACAGUGCUGAGUCAGUGUGACAGUCCAUAUGUAACUAAAUAUUAUGGAUCUUAUUUAAAGGAUACAAAAUUAUGGAUAAUAAUGGAAUAUCUGGGUGGAGGCUCUGCCCUUGAUCUAUUGGAACCUGGCUCACUUGAUGAAACCCAGAUUGCUACAAUAUUGAGGGAGAUACUCAAAGGACUCGAUUACUUGCAUUCAGAAAAGAAAAUCCACAGAGAUAUUAAAGCUGCUAAUGUAUUGCUAUCUGAACAAGGAGAAGUAAAACUAGCAGAUUUUGGAGUAGCGGGACAACUAACAGAUACACAGAUAAAGAGGAAUACCUUUGUGGGAACACCGUUUUGGAUGGCACCUGAAGUAAUAAAGCAGUCGGCGUAUGAUUCAAAGGCAGAUAUCUGGUCAUUAGGCAUAACAGCCAUCGAACUUGCAAAAGGAGAGCCACCUCAUGCAGAAUUACAUCCAAUGAAGGUUUUGUUCCUUAUUCCUAAGAACAAUCCACCGACGCUGGAAGGAAACUUCAGUAAAUCCCUCAAAGAAUUUGUGGAGGCCUGCUUAAACAAGGACCCAAGCUUUAGACCUACUGCAAAAGAGCUCUUAAAACACAAAUUUAUUUUACGAAACUCAAAGAAAACUUCCUACCUGACUGACCUUAUUGAUAGGCACAAGAGAUGGAAGUCUGAACAAAGUCAUGACGACUCCAGUUCUGAUGACUCAGAUACUGAACCAGAUGGCCAGGCUUCAGGUGGAAGUGAUUCAGGAGAGUGGAUCUUUACAAUAAGAGAAAAAGACCCCAAGAAUCUAGAGAAUGGAGCAGCCCAGCCUUUGGAGUUGCAAAGAAAUAAGGAAAAGGAUAUCCCAAAGAGGCCUCUAUCCCAAUGCCUGUCUACAGUUAUAUCCCCUUUAUUUGCAGAGUUGAAAGAGAAGAGCGAAUUGUGUGGUGGUAACACAGAUUCCAUAGAAGAACUGAGGCAGGCUAUUUAUUUAGCUGAAGAGGCUUGUCCAGGCAUUGCAGAUAACAUGGUGUCCCACCUUGUGCAGAGGCUUCAGAGAUAUUCAUUAGCUGGAGGAAGUACUGCAUCCUACUGACGUACUGUUCCUGACUUUUCUAAGACAACAGAGACCCCACGACGUCUGCAUUGAAGGCGUGCACCCUAAUGUUCUUCUGCCCCUCAGCCACCGGGAUGUCCUUUGGUGGAAGGACAUUCCUAAAUGUGCAAGAGUGAAAAUGAAGUCUCUCGGAUGGAGGCGGUCUUUUUCAGCUCCUUAAAGCUAUAAUUUUUUUUAAUGAUAAUGCACAUAUUCCAGGGAGGUGUCUUUUUGUAAAAUCUGAGAUGUAUAUUUAGGUUUGUGAUAGAGAAAUCGAAGAUAUUGAGAAACCUCAGGUAUCUUGCUUUAAGAAUUCCACUGGGAGAUGGAGUAUGUUUGUUGGAAUUGUGUACAGCUAUGUAUAUAAUGUCUUUUUUUAACUGAAAGCCUUUCAACGUGCAUAAAGAAUCACUGUGUACAAAAUGGUAAAGUGCUUCUGUAGAUAAUGUUAGUGGGGUAAAUAUUUGACAGGCCAUAACUGAGUAUUGCCUUGCCUUUAUUACAUGUAAAUUUUGAACUAUGUGAUGAGUGAAUCU